CGUGCCCAAAGCUAAGAUGGCGGCGGACAUGCGGCUAGCGGCUGCUCGGAAACGCGCCCCCGAUUCCCCGGUAUCACCGGACGAAAGCAAACACCUGGUGGCACCGGGCGAUGUGAUUACAACCGACACCGGCUUCAUGAGGGGCCAUGGCACCUACACGGAGGAUGAGAAGCUCAUGGCGUCCGUCGCUGGUGAAGUGGAACGAGUGAACAAGCUGAUUUGUGUCAGACCGCUGAAGACCAGGUUCAAUGGAGAAGUCGGUGACGUGGUGGUUGGAAGGAUCACUGAGGUUCAACAGAAGCGAUGGAAGGUGGAGACUAAGUCCCGUCUGGACUCAGUCCUCCUGCUUUCGUCAGUCAACCUGCCAGGAGGGGAGCUGAGGAGGAGAUCGGCCGAAGACGAGCUGGCCAUGAGAGAUUACCUGCAGGAGGGGGAUCUCAUCAGUGCGGAGGUGCAGUCUGUGUUUGCAGACGGGGCUCUCUCUCUCCACACACGCAGUCUGAAGUAUGGCAAGCUGGGGCAGGGCGUGCUGGUGCAGGUCUCCCCCUCCCUGGUGAAGCGUCGCAAGACUCACUUCCACAACCUGCUGUGCGGCGCCUCCGUCAUCCUGGGAAACAACGGCUACGUGUGGAUCUACCCCACCCCCUCCCAGCAGGACGAGGAGGCCGGGGGCUUCUUCACCAGCACGGAGCCGGUGCCCCUCUCGGACAGGGAGGUUAUCUCGCGACUCCGGAACUGCAUCCUAGCCCUGUCCGCUCACAAGAUGCUGCUCUACGACACCAGUGUGCUGUACUGCUACGAGUCCUCGCUCGCUCACCAGAUAAAGGACAUCCUGAAGCCUGAGGUCAUGGAGGAGAUCAUCAUGGAGACCCGGCAGAGACUUGUCGAACAAGAAGGAUGAGGGUCAGGCGCUGGCGGAUCUUAACACCACUGCUGUUAGGACCCUUAAAAUAUCAUUCAGACUUUAGUAGACUUUAGCAAACUGAAGUGAUGAGCAUAGGGAGUGGGGGAGCCAUCAAGCACCGUCUCAUGUACACAAGAGCCCCAGUGCACUGUGCUGGUACACUGCCUUCAGCAUGGCACCAGUGCUGUAGAACUGACCAGAGCAUGCAUUUUAUAAUGAGUGGAACAAGGUCUUGUACGGUAUACUGCACGUUUCUGUUCAGGCACAGGCGGAACUUCUGCAUUGGCCUGGAGGUUGGAGACUUCCUGCUGUUGCAGAAGUUUAGUUGGUCUGUGUUCAAUAGUGUGUAAAACACAGUUCUGCUGAUGCUAGAGGGUUGAGACCAGUCGUGUUAAUGUGAUUUUAAAAGUACAAUAGCCCGCCCCCCCAGCCCCCAGCCGUUCUACUCGUGACCCAGCUGAUUUGUAUUUAGCAAUACAUGUUUUGUAAGAACUGUUUUUUUUAUGUUCCUGUAUUUCUUAUUAAAGUGUUUUGUGAUUUA